GUAAACGAUGGGGUAAAAAAUACGAAAGUCGCUUACCACGUGCCACGCCGUGAUGAUGAGAAGCAGAUUACUAACGAUAAGAAACCGUACAUACUUCGUUUUUUGGAAAGGCAAUGGGCGGUCAGGGUUGAGGAAGGACGGGAAAGUCGCGUUGAAUCGCCAAAAUCCAGAAAAAAGAAGAAGAAAUUAGAUGUGAAGAAGAGAGCCAGUGAUGAUAUGCCAUCAACGUCAUCAGAUCCAAAAACAAGAAGAUUAAGUUGA